GUGAGCGGCACAGAGCAGCGCUGCCGAGACACCGCGGCGAUGUCCAAUGAGCUGGAUUUCAGAUCCGUGCGCCUGAUGAAGAAUGACACCAUGAACUUCCAGAAAUUCCCCUACACCAGCGAGGACGAGGCCUGGAAAACCUACCUGGAGAACCCCCUGACUGCAGCCACCAAGGCCAUGAUGAGGGUGAACGGGGACGACGACAGCGUGGCCGCCCUCAGCCUGCUCUACGACUACUACAUGGUGCCCAAGGAGAAGAGGAUCCUGCCAGCUGGGAUGGUGGCACGCAAUGACCUGGCUAAGAGCAGGCACUGCCACGGGAUGGACUACGAGCCCGAGCUGCCCUCCUUCGAUGGCUCAGCCCAUCUCAUGAAGCUGCUGUCGGAGAACGUCUCCAUGAGCCAGGAGUUCUGCGAGCCCCCCAAGAAGAACGGCCUGAGUCUCGAGGGUGUCCCUGCUCCUCACAAGGCAGCCCUGCUCCCUCCAGGCACCAGCAAGCUGGAACCCACCCCAGACAACUUCCUGGUGGCGCCUGGGGACGUGUAUGACAGCAGCUCCCUGAACUCGCUGUUCGAGAGCCUGCCCAUGGCCCCGGCCCAGCAGCGCUGGCAGCCCGACAGCACCUUCAAGGAGGACCCCCAGGAGACGCUGCUCUUCAGUGACAUCCUCAAACCCCAGCCAGAGGCACCCUGCCCCGAGAGUUACCCCUCAGAUGGAGUGAAGAGUGACUUUGAAUACACGCUGGGGUCACCCAAAGCCAUUCACAUCAAAUCUGGGGACUCUCCCAUGGCCUACCUCAACAAAGGACAGUUCUACCCCAUCACACUGCGGACAGCUGGAGACAGCAAAUGUUUGCACUUGUCCUCAAAUAAAGUGAAGAGCGUGGUGAUGAUUGUGUUUGACAAUGAGAAGAUCCCCACGGAGCAGCUGAAGUUCUGGAAGCACUGGCACUCCCGGCAGCCCACGGCCAAGCAGAGAGUCAUCGACGUGGCUGACUGCAAGGAGAACUUCAACACGGUGCAGAACAUCGAGGAGCUGGCCUACAACGCCCUGUCCUUCGUGUGGAACAUCCACGAGGAAGCCAAGGUGUUCAUCGGGGUGAACUGCCUGAGCACAGACUUCUCCUCUCAGAAGGGGGUCAAGGGGGUGCCCCUGAACCUGCAGAUCGACACCUACGACUGCGGCAGCGGCAGCAGCCAGCUGGUGCACAGGGCUGUGUGCCAGAUCAAGAUCUUCUGUGACAAGGGAGCAGAGAGGAAAAUGAGGGAUGAUGAAAGGAAACAGUUCAGAAGGAAAGGAAAAUGCCUGGACUCCAACAACAAUGGUCUCAAAGGCUGUUUGCUCUCUGGCUUCAGAGGGAACGAGAUCACCUUCCUGCGGCCCGAGAGCGACCUGGAGACGCAGCCCGUGCUCUUCAUCCCCAACGUGCAUUUCUCCGCCCCCCAGAGGUGUGGCUCGGUGCUCCCUCCUGCUGUUCCCAACUCUGCAAACAGGCUGCCCCUCAAGCGCAGCGGGGCCUCCUUCGGCGAUGAUUUCGACGCGGUGCCCCCAAAGCACAGCAAGGACGAGGAUCCCCAGAGAGUGCUGCUCUACGUGCGCAGGGAGUCCGAGGAGGUGUUUGAUGCUCUCAUGUUGAAGACGCCGGACCUGCAGGGCCUCAGGACAGCUAUUUCAGAAAAAUAUGGGCUUCCUGAAGAAAGCAUUUACAAAGUCUACAAAAAGUGCAAAAGAGGGAUCCUGGUGAACAUGGACAACAACAUCAUCCAGCACUACAGCAACCACAUGGCCUUUCUGCUGGACAUGGUAGAGGCAGAGAACAAGUUCCAGAUCAUCCUCAAGGAGCUCUAAAGAGCUGCAGGCAGCACUUCCUGGCACUUCUCUCCGAGCUGGCACGUGUGACCCCACAGAACUCAGCCCUGUGCCCGCUCUUGUUGCCUUGACUUGAACCCCACGGCCCCGGGGCCGGGCCACAGACUGCUGUGACAUCAUCCUGUGAACGUGGAACUUGGCUCUGUUGACUUUAUUAUUAUUAUUAUUAUUAUUUUUUAUUAUUAUUAUUAUAUUUGAUUCCCUUCUGGCAGCGGGCCUGAGCUGCCGUUUCAGAGCUGGGCGCACGAGGUGACACUGCCAGGCCUGGGCAGGGAGCAGAGCUGGUGGCCCUGGCAGGGAGUGAUGGCAGCCCAGGCCCUGGCAGGGAGUGAUGGCAGCCCAGGCCUGGCAGGGAGUGAUGGCAGCCCAGGCCCUGGCAGGGAGUGAUGGCAGCCAGGCCUGGCAGGGAGUGAUGGCAGCCCAGGCCUGGCAGGGAGUGAUGGCAGCCCAGGCCCUGGCAGGGAGUGAUGGCAGCCCAGGCCCUGGCAGGGAGUGAUGCCAACCCAGGCCCUGGCAGGGAGUGAUGGCAGCCAGGCCUGGCAGGGAGUGAUGGCAGGCCAGGCCCUGGCAGGGAGUGAUGGCAGCCAGGUCUGGCAGGGAGUGAUGGCAGCCCAGGCCUGGCAGGGAGUGAUGGCAGGCCAGGCCCUGGCAGGGAGUGAUGGCAGCCAGGCCUGGCAGGGAGUGAUGCCAGCCCAGGCCUGGCCUCCCCACAGCCCCUGCAGAGCUUCCCCAGCAGGGCAGAGCCUGCUCUGAGCUCUGAGCUCCCCUGUGGCACAGAGACCCUCCCAGCUGCAGCCCCAGCCGAAUGGACACUGCCUGCUGAACACCCUCCCUGCACAUCUCUGACUGUAAAUACCACGGAGGCCUCCACAACCCCUGUUGAUACAUUUCUGUGUUGUUCCUUUUGUAUUUUAUAUGUGUAUAAAUAUGCAUUGUUUUAUACUGGACUCAGUAUGUGACACAGAGCAUUUCAAACACAGGCUGCUUCACAUUUCUCCGUGAACUCCUUUUGUAACUGUGUUGUUGGUUGUGUUGUUUUGGAUAUUCUGUACUAAUAAAGGCUCAAGGACUGAAAAUGAAGCAUUUCCCCCAGCUCUGGGGUUGGGAUGGGCUGGCCAGGAGCCAGGGCAGGGAGGUGACCCCAGAGGCACCAGAGGGCUCCAGGGUGGUUUUGGCCAAGGUCUGUCCCCUCUGCAGCCACCGUGUCCAGCUGUGUCACCAGCUGGGACUGGGUCCCUGUGCUCAAACUGCCUCAAGCUGCUUCCCAUUGAGCUCAUCAGAUGCCAAGGGGAGCCCUGCAUUUUCUAAUUAAUCCUCUGACCAAUGAAAACCAGGGCCUUUCCUCCUCCCUCUUCUUCAUCCUCUGCUUUUCCUGGCUGUGGUAAAGAUGUACCUGAGGCCUGUGAGUGGGGAGGAAAGAAAGAGCCCUGGGAAGGGGAGUUGGAAAUGCUGGAAUGUGUCAGCUUGGCUGUGAUGAGAGGAAACACCUGAUGGCCAGGCCUCAUCAGGGAUGUGGGAGUGUCCAGUUCAAGCUGGAGAGGAGAGAGCUCCCACAUCUCCGAAUUCCUGUGGAUGAGGGCUGACAACACCCUGUGCAGCCCGGGCACCUGCAGGGCUGGGCAGCAGGCACAGAACAGUUAAGUGACUUGCACAAGGGUGAAUCAGCAGGACUUGAGGAACUCAACCUGAAGGCAGGUGCUGAGCUCAGGAACUGACACAGCUCCCAGCAGUGCCACCAGUUACCAAUGGAAACCACUCUGGAGGUGCCUUGGUUCCUGUUCUGGUGACUUGAGAGCUGGAUUCUGGCAGUGAUCCCAUGUCCCCUCCCUGAAUGGCACAGGAGGCAGAGAAAGGGAAGGCCUGGAAUUGAAGAACGAGGCAAUGGCAGCUGAGGAGCAAAUGAAGCAGUUGGAGCAUGACUGCACUCAUACAGACACGAGGAUGAAGGGAUUUAACU